GCUGUUGGCUUUCUGGCAGUUUCCAGUGUCAUUACCAUGUCAGCCCCUUUCUUUCUGGGGAAAGUCAUUGACAUUAUUUAUACAAACCCUAGUGAAGACUUCACUGACAGCCUGACCAGCCUGUGUGCCUUGCUGAGUGGAAUCUUUUUAUGUGGUGCUGCUGCUAAUGCUACUCGUGUCUACCUCAUGCAGACUGCAGGACAAAGAAUUGUGAAACAUUUGAGAACGACCAUGUUCUCUUCUAUUCUGAAGCAAGAAAUGGCUUUCUUUGACAAGACCAGAACAGGAGAGCUGAUAAACCGCUUAUCUUCAGAUACAGCCCUCUUGGGCCGCUCAGUGACUGAAAACCUUUCAGAUGGGCUCAGAGCAGGAGCACAAGCAUCUGUUGGGGUUGGAAUGAUGUUCUUUGUGUCUCCUAGCCUUGCUGCAUUUGUUCUGAGCGUUGUGCCACCCUUGGCUGUCCUGGCUGUGAUUUAUGGAAGAUACUUGCGAAAGCUUACUAAAAUGACCCAAGAUUCUCUUGCAGAAGCAACACAGUUAGCUGAAGAGCGUAUUGGAAACAUAAGAACAGUUCGAGCUUUUGGGCAAGAAGUGGCUGAAAUGGAGAAGUAUACAAAUAAAGUUGAUUAUGUGCUGCAGCUGGCUAAAAAAGAGGCACUAGCUCGGGCAGGCUUCUUUGGAGCAACUGGACUUUCUGGAAACUUAAUUGUCCUAUCAGUCUUAUACAAAGGAGGAUUACUAAUGGGCAGUGCCUACAUGACAGUUGGUGAACUCUCAUCUUUCCUAAUGUAUGCUUUCUGGGUUGGAGUAAGCAUUGGAGGUCUAAGUUCCUUUUAUUCUGAGCUCAUGAAAGGAUUAGGUGCUGGUGGACGUCUAUGGGAACUUAUGGAAAGGAAGCCCCAACUACCAUUUAAUGAGGGAAUCACAUUAGGCAAAGACACAUUCAGAGGUGCUUUGGAAUUCAAAGAUGUUGAGUUUGCAUAUCCAACACGUCCAGAAACAUCAAUUUUCAAAGAUUUUAGCCUUUCCAUUCCAGCUGGCUCUGUUAUGGCUCUGGUUGGCCCAAGUGGUACAGGGAAAUCGACUAUUGUAUCCCUUCUGCUGAGGCUGUAUGAUCCUACCUCAGGUGCUAUCACUGUUGAUGGUUUUGAUAUCCGUCAGUUAAAUCCACUGUGGCUCAGGACACAGAUUGGAACAGUGAGUCAGGAGCCGAUUCUGUUUUCCUGUUCUAUUGCUGAAAAUAUUGCCUACGGUGCAGAGGAUCCUUCUACUGUGACUGCAGAGCAGAUUCAGAAAGUUGCUGAAAUAGCUAAUGCUGCUAGUUUUAUCAGAGAUUUUCCAAAAGAGUUUGACACCGUAGUUGGAGAGAAAGGCAUUUUGCUUUCAGGUGGACAGAAGCAACGAAUUGCAAUAGCUCGAGCUCUGCUUAAGAAUCCUAAAAUUCUUCUGUUAGAUGAAGCAACAAGUGCUUUGGACGCUGAAAAUGAGUAUCUAGUGCAGGAAGCUCUGGACCGGCUGAUGGAAGGGAGGACAGUCCUAAUUAUUGCUCAUCGCCUGUCUACUAUUCAGAAUGCUGAUUUUGUCGCUGUCCUUGGCCAGGGUAAAAUUCUUGAAUGUGGAAAACAUGAGGAACUACUUGCAAAUCCAAAUGGACUUUUCAGGAAACUAAUGCAGAAACAAGCUUUUCUUCAGAAUAGCGAUACUUUUGCAUUAGAUGUACAAUCCACAGAAAAGGAUGUAUUAAAAGAAAAUAUAUGAGGGAAUGUAUGAAUAAUGGAAGCUUACAUACUACAAAGAAUAUAACUUAUGUUUCAAGUUAUGUGAAGUAAAUGUUAUAUUUUUCCAGAAUGUACAAAAUAUUCUUUUGAAACUGAAAUGUGUUUAAACUUUUUAUUGAAAGCUUUUUAAUGAUUAUUGUAACUUUUUAAAAUGUCUAUCACAUUGAGAUAAUUUCAGUGUAUAGAAUUUUCUGCUUUGUGUUAUGUUAAUUGAGACCAUUUAGAAUCUUGUUUGCUGUAAUGCACUGUAGGAUGAUGUGCUGCAUUCUCGAGUAAGUUCAGUAUUUUAAGGGUAA